AUGGCCACCAGCUCGUUGCCUCUCGUCGUCGACGUGUGGGCCAACCCAACGGGACUUCACAUCCCCGAGGUCCAGCGGCUCUUCGAGCAGAGCCAUGCAGACCCGUCGCUCUCGGCCCGCCGGCUGAGCCCGGACGAGCUCAUCGCGCUCAUGGACGAGGCGGGCGUGUCGCAAAUCUGCCUCGCAGCGUGGCACCGCCCUGGCGCGACGCUCUUCUCCAACGCCACCGUGGCCGAGUACACGCGGGCCUACCCGACGCGCAUCUUCGGCCUCGCGUCGGUGGACCUGCACGACCCGGUCGCGGCGGUGCACGAGCUGGAGCACUACGUGCGCGUCGAGGGCUUCAAGGGCCUGCGGGUGGUGCCGUGGCUGUGGAACCUACCGCCGACGGAUGCGCACUACUGGCCGCUCUUCGUCAAGUGCGUCGAGCUCGACGUGCCGUUCUGCACGCAGGCCGGGCACACGGGACCGCUGUGCCCGAGCGAGGUCGGGCGGCCGAUUCCGUACGUCGACGAAGUGGCGCUCAAGUUCCCGGACCUCAAGAUCGUGUGCGGGCACGUCGGGUACCCGUGGACGGCGGAAAUGGUGGCCGUGGCGUGGAAGCACGCCAACGUCUACAUCGACACGAGCGCCUGGUCGCCACGCUACUACCCGCAGGAGCUCAUGGCGUUUGCCAGCACGACGGGCCGUAAGAAGGUCAUGUUUGGGACCAACUUUCCGCAGCUGGGGUGGAAGGCCUGCGUGGACAAGGUGUACAAGCACCACGGGCAGGGGGUGCGGGGGACGCUCCGGAAAGAGGUGCUGGCGGAUUUCAUGGGGGGCAACGCCAAGAGGGUGUUUAAGUUGCCCGACGUGGCGGCAGCGGAGGGGAAGAAGACGCAGCCGAGGCUUUGA